CUGGUUUCGACGCAGUAUAGGUACACAUACUAUGUGUCAGGUGUGACGAUAGGCAUGGCGAAACUUGAACUGAAGCUGAUUGGAAUCGCUAUAUUCUUGGUAGCCGCGCUCGAGGCUCAGGAAACCCCUGCGGCUGAAUCAUCUCCAGCGUCCCCAACAGAUGGCGAAACGUCUCCAGUUACAGAAGCCAGUUCCAUCGGAGAAUUAACUCAGACCACAGAAGCGGGGUCGGAGGUCACAGAAUCACCAACAAAUAGCACCGAUAUGGUUAAUAGCACGGACAACCCAGACCCGAACGGCUCGCCUGACCCUGAAAAUGGAGGAGAUCCAUUUGUGAAGCCAGGAAGCCAUAUAAAGGGACCUCGACACGUUAGAGCACAUGAUGGCUUCCACAGCCUGAAGACGGAGAAGCAUUGGGCAAGCUGGAACGAUGCCUUUACCACGCCACGUCCCUAGCUCAUAUGUAUAUCCCAUUAUACCCUUUCGUUUUGUGACCAAUCUCUGAAGAUUAUUGAAUAAAAAACUAAAUAAUUUU